AUGGAUGAAAUAGAAAUUCUGUCUCAAACUUCAACCAAUAGUGAUACUAUAAGCAAUAAUGAAGAAAUCGAACGUGUAUCCUUCAAAAACAUUUCAUACGAUUAUUUUUUUCAUCGCUUUAUGCAAUGCAAUCGAGCAGUUGUAGUCGAAUCUGUUGCAGACGAAUGGGAGUGCUACAAGCGCUGGAUUGACCGCACAAAAGUACCACCCAGGCUCAACGUCACGUACCUGAAAGAGAAACUACUGAAUGUUCCAGUACCGGUAGCCGAUUGCGGAAAGCAGCAUUAUAAUACGCACGAAAAAAUCCAACUAGCUUUGUUCGAUUUCUUGAAUACUUGGGAAACGGAAGGAAUGAAUGAUCAUCAAACAUCCCCGUUGGAACAGCGCGGACGAUACUACCUCAAAGACUGGCACCUUCGUUCAGAGAAACCGGAAUAUAGUUUUUACCGGACUCCUGACCUUUUUGCAUCCGACUGGCUGAAUGAAUACCUUGUUGAAAAAAGUAUAGAUGAUUAUCGCUUCGUGUACAUGGGUCCAAAAGGUACGUGGACCGGGUUUCACGCAGAUGUAUUUGGAUCGUAUAGUUGGUCUGUGAAUAUUUUUGGACGAAAGCUGUGGUACUUACUUCCUCCAGGAGAAGAACAAAAAUUACUAACUAGCUUUAAAAACCUACCCUUUAGUGUGACGGAAGAAGAACUUAAAAAUGCCGGUGUAAAUUUUUUCUCUAUCCAUCAAGAACCGGGAGAAGCAGUCUUCAUACCUUCCGGUUGGUACCAUCAAGUUCUAAAUGUGGAAGAUGCUAUUUCUGUUAAUCACAAUUGGUUUAACGGUUGCAAUGUUGCUAUAAUUUGGAACAAUCUCCGAGACGCCUUGAAAGAUGUGUGUCGUGAGAUUGACGAUUGUCGAGAUAUGGAAAACUUUAACGAACACUGUCAACUGAUGCUUAAAGCCAGUUUUGGAAUGGAUUAUACUGAUUUCUUUUCUAUUUUAUCUUAUAUCUGUGAUAAAAGAUUAUGUAAUCUGCAUGAAGGCAAAAAUUUGGAACAAUUUGAUAAGUACGUUUUAGGAAAGCGACAUUUGUUUUUCGAUCUUAUAGCCAUACAUAAAUUGCUAUCUGAGGCGAUAGAAAUGGAUUAUUUGACUUGUUAUCCAAAAUUACGUGACAUGACUGUGGAUUGUUUGAAAAAAAUAUGUUUAGAAAAUAUGUGUUUAAAAGAUUGA